AUCUCUCUCUCUUUCUCUAGCUCUCAUCUUCACCGUACGCUUCUUCGAUCUAUCUCUCUCUCUCCUAGGAGCUACUAAACUAGAGACCCAUUGUUAACGAUUCCUUCCAAAGCUUAGAAUGUGGAACCCUAGAUUACUCAAUUCCAGCUAGAGAUCUCUCUAUCUAUCUACUCUUUCUUUCUUUUAACUCUAUUUCACUUUCUACUUUUGUUCAAGCUCCCUCUCUGAGAGAGAGAACGCUACAAACACAGUCAUGGGGAACUGUUGCAGAUCUCCCGCUGCAGUAGCUAGAGAAGACGUCAAAUCCAACUAUUCCGGCCACGAUCACGGCCGCAAAGACGCUGGCGGCGGUAAAAAAUCAUCAUCCGCGCCGAUUCGAGUUCUCAGCGAUGUUCCCAAGGAGAACAUCGAGGACCGCUACUUGCUAGACCGAGAGCUAGGUCGCGGCGAGUUCGGUGUCACUUACCUCUGUAUCGAGAGGUCCUCCCGCGACCUGCUCGCUUGCAAAUCGAUCUCCAAGAGGAAGCUCAGAACUGCUGUGGACAUCGAGGAUGUUAAGAGAGAAGUCGCGAUUAUGAAACAUUUGCCUAAGAGUUCGAGUAUUGUUACUUUGAAAGAAGCUUGUGAGGAUGAUAACGCUGUGCAUUUGGUUAUGGAGCUUUGUGAAGGUGGUGAGCUUUUCGAUCGGAUUGUUGCCAGAGGGCAUUAUACGGAGCGUGCUGCCGCGGGUGUUACUAAGACGAUUGUUGAGGUUGUGCAGCUUUGUCACAAGCAUGGUGUCAUUCAUAGAGAUUUGAAGCCUGAGAAUUUUUUGUUUGCUAAUAAGAAGGAGAACUCGCCCUUGAAAGCUAUUGAUUUUGGUUUGUCUAUUUUCUUCAAGCAAGGUGAGAAGUUCUCCGAGAUUGUUGGGAGUCCGUAUUACAUGGCUCCUGAGGUGCUUAAGCGCAACUAUGGACCCGAAAUAGAUAUUUGGAGUGCUGGUGUUAUUCUUUAUAUUCUGUUGUGUGGAGUUCCCCCAUUCUGGGCAGAGUCAGAACAGGGAGUUGCUCAGGCUAUUCUGCGCGGGGUAAUUGAUUUUAAGAGGGAACCGUGGCCAAACAUUUCUGAGACCGCUAAGAAUCUAGUCAGACAAAUGUUAGAGCCUGAUCCAAAGCGCCGGCUGACUGCAAAGCAAGUGCUUGAGCACCCAUGGAUUCAGAACGCAAAGAAAGCUCCCAAUGUUCCUCUUGGAGAUGUUGUGAAGUCGAGGUUGAAGCAAUUUUCAGUGAUGAACAGAUUCAAGAGAAAAGCUUUGAGGGUGAUUGCCGAAUUUUUAUCUACCGAGGAAGUAGAAGACAUCAAAGUAAUGUUCAACAAGAUGGAUACUGAUAAUGAUGGUAUAGUUUCCAUUGAGGAGUUGAAGGCCGGGCUUCGCGAUUUUAAUACACAGCUAGCAGAAUCAGAAGUUCAGAUGCUUAUUGAAGCGGUGGAUACUAAAGGGAAAGGAACUCUAGACUAUGGGGAAUUUGUUGCAGUUUCUCUCCACCUGCAAAAGGUAGCAAACGAUGAGCAUCUCCGCAAAGCCUUCUCUUACUUUGACAAGGAUGGAAGCGGGUACAUAUUGCCUCAGGAGCUUUGUGACGCCUUAAAGGAAGAUGGAGGAGAUGACUGUGUGGAUGUCGCCAAUGAUAUAUUCCAAGAAGUUGACACAGACAAGGAUGGGCGAAUAAGCUACGAAGAGUUUGCAGCAAUGAUGAAAACAGGAACGGAUUGGAGAAAGGCGUCACGUCAUUACUCGAGAGGUAGAUUCAAUAGCCUAAGCAUCAAGCUAAUGAAGGACGGAUCUUUAAACCUAGGCAAUGAAUAGCGAAACAAUGUGAAGAAGCCGCAUGCAUUAGGGUUUUUAGAGUCUAUCUCGCACCUCACGUCCUCGUUCACGUUCAAGUAUUAAAGCCAAGAGAAGGUAAAUCUUGGAAAUUCAGAAUUCAAUCUUUUUGUACAUCUUUCGUUUUUAACCUUUCUAUUUUUGGUGAUUAUGUUAUUUUGUGUCUUUCUUUUAUUGGUUUGUGGGCUGAGUCGUGUUUGUUUAGUUUGUUGUGGUAGAAAAGGCAAAGAGACAUGAAUAUCAAUGUUUGAUGUGUAGAAGAAAAAAAUUCAAAGACCUUUUUGGUUUUGAUGUUGUAAUAUUCUUUUAUCUUCCUUUAACCUC